AUGCCUUCACUGUGGAAACGGUUUACAUUCUCGCUGGCCUCGUUGCUCUGCAUCGGAUCCGUGGCUCUUCUGGUGGUGGCCCUGUCCACGGAGCGGUGGGUCACCGGCACGAUCUUGUGUAAAACUGGAGCGGAGAUCGUGAACGCCUCCAGCCCGGAGAUGGAGCAGUUCAUCGGGCAUAUUUACUACGGCUUGUUUCAGGGAGGGAAGACCAAGAGGUGUGGACUGGGGAACAGAAAAUCCAAAAUAUACAUUUUCCCAAAGCUGGUGCGCACGCUGAAUGGUGGUCUCCAUGUGAUGGUGAUUCUCUUCCUGCUGGCAGCAGUUGGCUUUGCUCUGGUCAGUUUUUCUUUCUGCAUCUACAACGCCCGCAAGGUUCCAUACCAGAGUAUCAAAGGACCAAAAGGAAUUUACCUGUGGAACUUCAUCGCUGCCGUGUUCGGUUCGCUGGGCAUGUUGAGCUUCCUGGCAGCAAUGAGACACCACAGCUUGACUGAGAGAGUGGCCAACUAUCGAGAGAACCUCUUUGUCCUCAUGGUUAUAGACGAUAAACUGGACUGGUCAUUCUGGCUCGGAGUGGGCAGCAUACUGACUCACUUAGUGGUGUGCGCUGUCGUUGCAAUGAGCCGAUUCAAACUGCCCAAACCAGAAGUCAAGAUGCCAGAGGAACCCACCGUCUCUGCUCUGGAUCUGCUUUAUUGA